AUGAGUCGCUACAAUCCCUCCUGGGGCAGGGACAGGGGUCGUGGUAGAGGCUCGGCGCCUGCUGCUACGUCUUCUAGUCUGACACCUACGGCUACUUCAUUCUUCCCCCGACAGAAUACACAACCUCAAAUACCGGACCUCAGUCAACCCAUGGCCAGCCUCAACCUUGCUUCAAGUCCGUCUUUGCUUGCAAAUUAUUUCGAAAUCAAACUCGGGAAGUUUCGAGAGCUCUAUCGAUACGAAUUGAGAUUUCGAAAGCUCAGCAGAGAAGAGAGCGGCACGACAGCCAACCCAGCCAAGAAGCUACAGACGAAGGGGAAAGGCGAAGGACCUCCAGCACCAAACCCAGCAGGCGAUGCUACAAUCACUGACGCUGGUAUUGGUCGUGCGAAGCAGAGGAGGAUUGUAUGGCUAGUCAUGCAGCACUUACAGCAUCUCAAUAUCGGCAAACCCCUCGCUACAGACUACGGCACCGAGGUUAUCAGCACUGACAAGAUCAGAGGCGAUAAGAACUCGCACACAAUAACGAUUGAAUAUUUCGACGAGUAUCAACGUGGACCAAGUAAUGACUGCGAAGUCUUUGAAGUCACUCUGGAAGGCCCUGCCAUUCUCUCCUUGACUCAGCUCAUGGAAUUUCUCAGCACAAACACUCCCAACGUCAAUGCGGCAAACUAUCAGAGUAAGGAAGCGACCAUCAGAGCUCUCAACACGAUCUUCAGCUACAGACCUUACCGAAAAUGCUUUGCUAGCCUGACACCCCAGGGGGCCAUGCAGGAUGCAUCCUUAACGACCAUCAAUGGGAACAAAUUCUAUGGAAUCAUGAGAGUCACUGGCGAUCAGCCCAAUUCCGAUACCGGGAAACCUUUGCAGCCCAAACCAAAGGCUGGAUUGGAUGCUAUCGCAGGCUAUGCUAGGAGUGUGCGGGCAGUGAUCUCACAAUGUGGCCAGCUCUAUCUCAACAUCGACACCGCAACGGCACUGUUCUACCAGCGAACAAGUUCAAACAACCUGCAGGCACUGAUCGACGUCUGGAAGACGGGCUACUACCCUCAAGGUUCGUCAUGGGAUCCAUUGAUGAGAUACUCCCUCAUCGACUUUCUGAGAGGCAUCCGUGUCAGGACAAAUUACCGCGGUGGAAGCGAUAACUUGAUUGGUAGAGUCACAAAUCUCGCCAACACACGCCCACCGAAUCAGGUGCCAUUCCCAAGAAACUGCCCUAUGAUCUAUCCAGGCUCACAGUCAAACCAAACCGUUGCCAACCACUUUCAAGCUCAGUAUCCAGCCUCGGCAGUCAAUCAGCGUUCCGAAGACAUCGUUGUGGUCCUCGGAGAUGGGGCUUUCCAGAAGACCGUCCCAGCAUCUUGUCUUGAAGUCAUCCCUGGCCAAGUGAAUCGAAAUGUCACGGAAAAGCCCAAAGCAGGCAUCAGAAACCCAAUAAGAAACAGAGACAUGAUCCUACCGGGCGGGCGGGAUGUGUUUUUCACUUCCACUGGUGAUCAAUCAGGUGCCCGCCAGUUUGAUUUUGACCUUGCUGCCCAGCUGGUACGAGUGCCAAUCGUCAAGCUUGAUCAUCCAAGUCUCAGGUACCGUCAGCAUCGUGAUCUUCGAAGUACCCAGACCAAUAUUCUUCCGGAGAAACGAUCUAACCCUGGUGACGUUGCGAUGAAAUAUGGCGCCUGGAAUCUCAAGGACAGAUCAUUUUUCAAACCUGCCAGCAGCUUCAAUUGGACUUACAUUGAACUCACUCUCACGAAUGGCCAUGCAUGCAGCCGAGACUCAAUGACAGCCUUUGGAAAUGGCCUAAUGGAACAAUUAAAGAAGGUGGGCAUGACACAUGCGCAACUCGUCGGGCUUGAUAACCACCAGCGCUCACUGGGGCGAACACAAAUUGCAAAAGCGCAUGACGAAGCAGGCAUUCGGCAGCAACACGAGGCAAUCAGGAAGGUCCUCAUAGAUCUGAAAGCGAGACACAAGCUCCGACUCGUGGUCCUCGUCCUCCCGAGUAAUGAUGCGGAGCUCUACAGUGCCAUUAAACGUGCCGGAGAUCAAGAUGUUGGCAUAUCGACCAUUUGCCACGUACGGUUUUGGGAAAACUCGAAGAGCAGUAACGUCCCCAGGAGCACGCAGGACUUCCUCGGCAAUCUGACCAUGAAGGUGAAUCUGAAGAUGGACUUUUCAGCAGUCAACCAGGCACUCGACGCAAACGCAAAAGCACCGAUCCUCACCAACGCCACAAUGCUCCUAGGCAUCGAUGUCACGCACCCAGGCUCGACAGCCAUGAAAGGAGCCCCGAGCGUGGCUGCCGUGGUGGGUAGCGUGGACGAGGAAUUCGCCCAGUGGCCCGCAAGUCUGCACGUCAACGACGUGCAGAAGGACGGCCAAAAGGAAUCCAACGAAAGAGUAGUCCAUCUCGCCAAAAUGGUCUACGAACGACUCCACGACUACUACAGCCGCAACUCCAAAGUUCCCGACAAGAUCAUCGUCUACAGGGACGGGCUCUCAGAGGGCCAGUUCGAAAUGUGCAAGACGAUGGAACUGCCAGCCAUCCGAGCGGGAGUGAGCCAGUUGUUGGAACAACUGCGCAUGCCGAGUCGGACCAACAACUUCAAGAUGCCGCCCAUCAUCUUGAUCUGUGCCGUCAAGCGGCACCACACCCGUCUAUUUCCCGUGGACAACGCACAAAAUGACAGUCUUCUUAUCGGACACGGCGGGAUCCCGAGACGGAAUAAUGCCUCUUACAACCACAAUCCCCUCCCAGGUACCCUCGUCAACAGCCACAUAACGUACGGAGAGAACAAGGAUUUCUUCCUGAUCAGCCAGAAGGCCAUUCAAGGCACGGCGCGGCCCACGCACUACGUGAUCCUCGAGAACGAGACUUCGUUUGACCAAAACCAGAUCGCCCGCAUGACGCAUAAUCUGUGCUAUCUGUUCGGUCGAGCCACCCGGUCCGUCGGCGUCUGUCCGGCGGCGUACUAUGCGGAUCUGGCGGCCGAUCGGGCUCGAUGUUAUGUGCGGAACGUCUACAGUCCUGUCAACAGAAUCCCGUAUGAGGCGGGUCAGCAUGCAUUCAAUCUUCAUAUUCACGAGGAUCUGAAGAAGACUAUGUUCUAUAUCUGA